AUGAAGGCUGAAAAAGCUAAAAUAGAAGCCUUUGAAGUAUGGUGUUGGAGAAGAGUGCUAAAAAUUUCAUGGACGGAAAAGAUAAAAAAUGAUGAGAUUUUCAGGAGAAUGAAUACCCAAAAAUCAAUAUGGAAUACGCUAGGACUGAGGAGGAAAGCAUGGAUCGGACACGUAAUAAGGAAUAGUCCUUGGAUAACCACAAUAAUAGAGGGGAAAAAUCGAAGGAAAACCUGGAAGAGGAAGGCCCAGAACUCCAUUUCUGAAGCAGGUGAUGGAAGAUACCGGAAUAAGAACAUACUGGGAGAUGAGAGGAUUAUAAGUGACAGAGAUAAGUGGAGAGAAACACCAUUAAUCAUUUAA